AUGUUAGCGGUGGGGCAGAUGGAUGCUAAUCGCCAGAGUGCGUUCGUCCUCAGCAGUACGCCGCUGGCCGCGCUGCACAACAUGGCCGAGAUGAAGACCUCCCUCUUCCCCUACGCCCUGCAGAACCCCUCCGGCUUCAAGGCGCCGGCCCUGGGCGGACUCAACACGCAGCUGCCCUUGGGGACGCCGCAUGGAAUAAGCGACAUCCUGGGGCGGCCCGUGGGAUCCGCCAGCAACCUGCUCGGCGGGCUGCCCCGCAUCAACGGGCUGGCGGCCUCGGCCGGGAUGUACUUCAACCCCGCCGCCGUCUCCCGUUACCCGAAGCCGCUGGCGGAGCUGCCGGGGCGGCCGCCCAUUUUCUGGCCGGGAGUGGUGCAGGGCUCUCCCUGGAGGGACCCCCGGCUCGCCUGUCCCGCUCAGACAGGGAUGGUUUUGGACAAGGACGGCAAGAAGAAACACUCGCGACCGACUUUCUCUGGGCAACAGAUUUUUGCUUUGGAGAAGACCUUCGAACAGACGAAAUACUUGGCAGGACCGGAGAGAGCCCGCCUCGCCUACUCGUUGGGGAUGACCGAGAGCCAAGUCAAGGUCUGGUUCCAGAACAGACGGACCAAGUGGCGGAAGCGGCACGCGGCAGAGAUGGCCUCGGCGAAGAAGAAGCACGACUCGGAGACGGAGAAGCUGAAGGAGAGCUCGGACAAUGAGGACGAUGACGAGUACAACAAGCCCCUGGACCCCAACUCAGACGACGAAAAAAUCACGAGGCUAUUGAAAAAGCACAAACCCACGAACCUGUCCCUCGUCAGCCCCUGCAGCACCAGCUCGGACACCUUGUGA